UUUCAGUAUGGGGUCUUGAAUGGGAUUUAGGGGCUGUAUUAACUCCUGCUGGAGUAAUGUGUUCUUCUUGCCCUUCCCCUCCUCACACUGUAGGACUUCUCCCUAAACCCCAUAGCUGCUGUGAUAUCCAGGUAAUGUUACUGGCCAGGCACCACACAGGUUUCUGCAAGGAAAGCAGGGAGCUGCUGCUGAGAGCGGUUUGUUUGAGCUGUGGCAAAAGCCUGGCACAUGUUUACUCUGUCUGGCAAUGUUUGUUUAAUUAGAACGUGAGGAAGGAAACUUCACUUAAAUAGCAUCUUGGGUUUGACCACGAUUGUAGGCUUACUGAUGUUCUGACAGAGGAGGGAUAAAUACUCCCAUAAGACUGGUGGAAUCGUUUUAGCCUUUCAAAAGAGAGCAUUUCUAUACUGCGUUCUAUAGCUUAAAAAGAAACUGGGAGCCUUCCCCUCAGCUCAUCUAAUGAUGGGUGUCCCUCUCUUGCUGAAGGUCUGUGGCAGUUAACUCCCCAGUCUAGCGUGUUAAAAAAGGGCACUUGUUUUCUGUUCUCUCCCAUGAAUCAGAUAAGUUUCUUUAGAAAAUGCUGUGAAAGAGUUAUUUUGUUUCCAGUGCUGUUAAUGUUUUGACUGGUGCUUGUACAUUUCCAGCCCUCCCAGCACUCUGAAAGUAGGUGCUAUUGAAGUAAGAUGAAAAGAAUAAAUGCAAUAGCAAUCUUUAUUUGUGAAACUAAGAUGCCAAAAAAAAACAAAAAAACCCCUGUUAAAUAAGUUGCAAGAAGUUGUGAAGGUCCCAGCAGCUGUUUCUCUUGCGUGAGCUUUGAUAAGAAUUUUUUUCCCCCAGUUUCAAUUGGUGAUUAUCUAUAAUUCUUUUUACCUUAGAUGGCAAUUUAUGGCAUGUUAAAGGGGUGUGAUUCAUGAUAGCACAAUCACUUCUUGUUAUGGUGCUUCUGCUUUGCCAUGGCAAUUUAGUGCUUCCCUCUUUCUGUAUGAACUCUGUGCAUGCUGGCGUGUUUUCACUGUUGCUGAACUCCUGUGCAGUCCUGCCUGGAAUGGGGUUUUCUGUAAUAGUUUUCUGCCCCAAACAAAAUAGACAUGGCUGUAUUUCCUUCUCUGUUGGUUUUGUCAUGGAGAUCUCAAAGGAAACGUGGAGGAAAUCUGCAACUGGAAGCAGCAGCUGCCCGUGCUGCCGAGGAGGAGAAGAAAAGGCUUCAGACCCAAGUUGAGUUACAGGAUCGCUUCAGUCUGGAGCUGGAGAGAGAGAAAAUGGUGAGACAAAAAAUGGAAGAGCAAGUCGCUCAGAAAUCGUCUGAACUGGAACAGUAUUUACAGAGAGUACGUGAACUGGAAGAGAUGUAUAAGCAGCUCCAGGAAGCUUUGGAGGUUGAGAAACAGGCACGUCAGGAUGAAGAGACUGUAAGGAAACUUCAAGCCAGAUUACUGGAAGAGGAGUCAGCAAAGAGAGCUGAACUGGAAAAAUGGCACUUGAAGCAGCAACAGACCAUUCAGAUGACAGAAGCAGAGAAGCAGGAGCUAGAAAACCAGAGAAUGAUAAAGGAACAGGCUCUUCAGGUUGCUAUGCAGCAACUGGAACAGCUUGAACUGGAAAGGAAAGAGGCCCUUGAGCAAUAUGAGGAGGUUAAAAAGAAGUUGGAAACGGCAGCUAAUAACACCAGGAGCUGGAAAGACAAAGUAGCUCAUCACGAGGGAUUAAUUCGACUAAUAGAGCCAGGCUCCAAGAAUCCACACCUCAUCACAAACUGGGGCCCGGCAGCCUUUACUGAAGCUGAACUGGAGCAAAGAGAAAAGAGCUGGAAAGGGAAAAAAGCCUCUUCUGAGUAAUGACAAUAGCUGACAUACUGCUUGUGAACAGAAGUCCACCUUUGUUCACUCUGCUUUGCACAGAACAGCUUAUUGCUCUUUUGAAGAUGCUAGUUUACUCAGCAGGAGGGCCUUUCUACAAAGGAAAUACUGUUUACCACGCAGAAGUGUCUACUAAGAGCUCAGUAACUACACCACUAUGUGCUGUCUGGCAGUACUUGCUGUUUUCCUUCGCCUUAACAGAUAUUCUGUUUCUUUAUGCAAGACUUUUCCACUGAAGAUUUUUUAUUUAAGUGUAGGCUGUGACACGGUGGUUUCUAUAUUAGCCUGUAACAAACAGGCAGCAUCUAACCCAUCAGGCACCAUCACUCAUUUCAAACAGCAAGGGAAGCAAUUGCUACACUGGUUCAGUUAGUAUAACAUAAACAUGGGAUAAGUCAAUCCUGUGGACUCUGUCCAGAGCAUUACCUUUCCUUCCUUUCAGUCUCUUUUUGCUUUUUCCUCUGUCUGCCUGUUGCUCUUCAUGUGGCUGGCUUCAUCCCUGGGUGCCCGCUGUCUCUGGUUCCUGGCUCCUCUGAGCUGUCCUCUGCAGGAAUGCACAUAAAAGCAUUGGAAACAGGCAUAUACAGAAUGCUGCUGUAGAACAUUUAGGAAAAGCAGUAAUUCAAGAUUGAUCUUGUCAUUCCCCGUAUCUGAGGCUGGGUUAAAAAAGAAUUUAAGAACUUGGAAAACCAUGUCCAUGGUUUAAAAGAUGCUCACUUUUGGCUUAGAGAUUUUUCUGGAGUGCACGAAUGGAACAUGAUGAUACACAGAGAUGAAAUAUCUGCAUCAAACUUACGUUUAUAUGCAAAACAUUUGUUGAUGCAGUGACCAGUCCUAUAGUUGUAGCACUCCAUUUUGUCUUAUUCUCUAUUAGAGGCCAGAUUAGAAAAAUGGAAGAUGAAAACUAAAUUUGAUAUAAAAAUGAUGAGUCAGUAGCAGUACUGCUACAGAAAAAAUAAUUCCUGCCAAUCCAUUUCAGCAGUACUGGUAAUGAAGAUUUUUCCAUUGAGUCUUAAACUUCUCUGCAGAGAACAAGAGAGGAAUUUCUGUUUCUGCAGGGAAGGAACAAGUCUGUGAUGUUGCCCAGUAGGUCACCCACACCAGACUGAGGUCUAACUGAAGUCACAGUUCUUGCUAAGUUCUACAGGCAUUCUGAAAAGUAAGUCCUGCCUCGUGAAGAGCAGAUGCCCACUGGUGUGGUUUGUUAAUCAGCUUUGCCUUUGCACAUAGACCAAACACAGUGGUUUUCAUUCAGCUCAACGUUAAAUUACCCUUAGUAAAUAAGAUGUGAACAUUUCAGAUGGAUAACCAGUGCCUUUGGACACAGCACUGUGCUGCUCAGCUCUCAGAAAAGCAGAAGCUAUACAGACAGACCUUCAGAUUCAGAACUCGAUAGCAUUUUCAUUGCCUGUUAACUAGGACUCACUCAAAUACUGAAAUCUUCACAGACAUUUACUCUGAUUAUAUUUUUGUACUAAUUGAAAUCUUUUUAAUGUUUUGGUAAAUUGAAUGCUGAUGAAAAUGGAAGGAAAAUCCAGGAUUGUCCUACUUGUAUUUACUGUACAGAAACGCAAUAGUUUCUUAAGCUGGCUAACAAGGCAGUUUUAUAUUGAUCUUGUUUACAGAAAAAAUGUAGAAAAAAAAAACU